CACCUCCGAAAAUUUCGUUUUCUUUAAAUCAGAGUCCAAACAGAAACCGAGAAUUGGGAGAUUUCCAAAUUAUUCAAACUUUAACUAGAUCUCAACGGCGAGAGCGGCUCUGCGGAUUCUCAGUCCAACCGUGAAGAAAAGAUGAGCGGCGCCGCCGUGAGGGCUCUCCGGAAACGCCUCCUCCACGGAGACUUCUCGGUAAAGGAAGCUUGCUUGGGCAAUCAAUCGUGGCGAUUCUCCAAUUGCGCCGGCGGAGGAGCCGGCGGUGGCGCUCAGCAGCAGUUUUACAGGACCAAGGGGACUGAUUCGAGGCUCCCCCAUUUCUCUCCGGCGAAGAAAGUCGCGCCGCCGUCUCACUCUUCUUCCCGUCCGUUCUCGACGUCGUCGUCGACUCCUCCGUCGGCCUCGAAAUCCCGAACUGGGUUCAUCGGUUGGUACCUGGAUAGGCUCGAAUCCCGCCCGAUGCUCACUAAAGCCAUCACGACGUCGCUAAUUUACGGCGCCGCCGAUGCCACCGCCCAGAUGAUUGCGUCGUCAUUUUCAGGAACCUUAGAUUAUGUCAGAACAUUGCGCAUGGCAGGGUACGGGUUCAUGUUCUUGGGGCCAGCACAGCAUCUCUGGUUCAAUUACAUGUCAAGGAUCCUGCCAAAUCGUGAUGUGAUGUCUACCUUGAAGAAAAUCUUCCUGGGCCAGGCCGGAUUCGGACCUGUCAAUGCUUCCCUUUUCUUUUCCUACAACGCUGCUCUACAAGGUGAAAAUGGGGACGAGAUCAUUGCUCGAUUGAAACGAGACCUGCUGCCAACUUUGUUGGGUGGUCUCAUAUUCUGGCCCAUGUGUGAUUUCUUGACCUUCAAAGUCAUCCCAGUGCAUUUACAGCCAUUGGUGAACAGCUCGUUUGCAUACGUGUGGACGAUCUAUUUGACAUAUAUGGCAAGCUUGGAGAAAGCAAGUGACUAGAUUUUUUAACUCUGACUUCGACAGAGCGACACAAAUGAGUCUUGAGUCGGCUUCUGUGCCCGUUUUCAGUCGGAUUCAAGGGCUGUGUCUGAAUUUUGCGGGUUCUGUGUCUCAUAUGGCUUGAGAUGAAUAGUAGUAGCAGUUGUGGUAAAUUGUUUCUUUAUACGCUUUCAUUAGUUAUCCAAGAAUAAGAAUGUGUUUGUUUUCCAGAACAACCAAAAGAAGACCGUUGUCUGUAUUAAAAAUGGUAAUUUGAUUUUUCUAGCUUCAGGGACUUGCUAUUAUUAGUUUUCAGCGAUAUGUAAUCAAGUAUGAGGCUGGUUUCUACUUCCAGGGAGCUCCACCAGGAUAUAUGCUCAAUCGGUUUUCCUUGCAC